GCUCCAGCGGGGAUUGGCGGCUGACGUCAGUCAGGCCGGAGGGGCGGGGCGGUGCACGGCCGGCCGCAGCGGCGCCGGGGUCUCCGCGGCCCUGCCGCCGCCAUGUCGUGGAGGCUGCCCAAAGGUUCUGUAUGGGGCUGCUCGCCACGUAAUUUCUACACAGGAGAGAGAAACUAUUCCCAUAAUUCCUCUUCUGAGUUUUACUCCAGUCUUGGGUUAGAAGGCUUCUCUGUAGCUGACACCUCUGGAACAGUUGAGGAGGAUACAGAUUCAGCUAUCUUAUAUGGAACUUUGCGAGGAAGUAUUGUUGGAUUACGAUACUACAAAGGGGUUGUUAAUAACAAUGAAAUGGUUGCACUGCAGAGGGAGCCCAAUAAUCCUUAUGAUAAAAAUGCGGUGAAAGUAAAUAAUGUGAAUGGAGACCAAGUAGGUCAUAUUAAAAAAGAAUUAGCAGCAGCAUUGGCAGGCAUUAUGGACAACAAACUGGCAGUAGUUGAAGGGGUUGUCCCUUAUGGAGCAAAAAAUGUCUUUACCAUGCCUGUACAAAUGAGUUUUUGGGGAAGAGAAGAAAACAAGGAAGCUGUGCUAGAUCAGCUGAAAAUGCAUGGAUUUAAAUUGGCUCCUCCUUUGAAAGUAGGUUCAGAAUGUGGUUUUGGGUCAAAGUGGAUUUCUGGAAAAACUGGACCAACUUACAGCGCUCCAGUUCAUGCUGCUGUGCACCUGACAACUGAACAGCUUAAAAGUGAAUUUGACAAACUGUUUGAGGAUCUGAAGGAAGACGAUAAAACUUGUGAAAUGGAAGGAGCAGAGGCUGUUGGAACCUUGUUACUUCCCCAUCAAAAGCAGGCUUUAGCUUGGAUGGUUUCACGGGAGAACAGUGAUAACCUGCCACCGUUUUGGGAAGAGAGGAAUAAUUUCUAUUACAAUAUACUUACAAAUUUUGCAGUAAAGGAGCGACCAAAAAAUGUUCUUGGAGGAAUACUGGCUGACGAUAUGGGAUUGGGUAAAACGCUUACUACUAUUGCAUUGAUUCUCACAAAUUUUCAAGAUGGCAAGCCUCUUCCUGUUGAAAAGAUCACAAGUGAUAAGUCUUAUGAGGAAUUUGGUACUACCGGCAUGAACGACGUUGGACCCAGACUACGUAAAGAAUCUAGUGAUACAGUGGAGCCUGGUGUUUCAGGUGUAAAAAAGCUUGAAACUAUUCCGUUGAAAUUCUCAAGUUGCCAUCAGAAAAAAGGUAAAGCCAAGAAGCCCAGAUAUUCAAAAAGCAGUGACUUGGGAGAGUCUGAAGAAUGUCUGCCACUGCAAACAGAAACACCUUCUUGUGUUAUCCCGGAAGAUACAGGCUUUGGAUCUGUUCUUGCAGCGUCACCUACUCCUUUAAAAAGAAAAACAAAGAGAAAGGGUACCGCUAGCAUUCAGUCAGUUGAGAAAAAAUAUUCUGAAGACGGCCCCAGAACAACACUGAUUAUAUGUCCACUGUCUGUCCUAAGCAACUGGAUUGACCAGUUUGAACAACAUACCAGCCAAGAUUUUCACCUAAAUAUUUAUAUUUAUUAUGGUUCUGACCGUAACAAAGACCCAGCAAUUCUUUCAGAACAAGAUGUCGUACUGACGACCUAUAAUGUUUUAGCUACUGAUUAUGGAAUCAGAGAUGACAGCCCAUUACACAAAAUCAAGUGGUUGAGAAUUGUGUUGGAUGAGGCACACACUAUACGAAACCCAAAUGCUCAGCAAACUAAAGCUGUUUUAAGUCUGGAGGCGCACAGAAGAUGGGUACUUACAGGUACUCCUAUUCAGAAUUCAGUAAAGGAUUUGUGGUCUCUUAUUUCCUUUUUAAAACUGAAACCUUUUACUGAUCGAGAGUGGUGGCACAGAACAAUUCAGCGUCCAGUCACAAUGGGAACUCCGGGGGGACUUAGGCGUUUGCAGUCACUGAUUAAGAGUAUUACCCUUAGAAGAACUAAAAUAAGUAAAGUUAAAGGAAAACCUAUUUUGGAGUUACCAGAGCGUAAAGUACUUAUUCAGCAUGUUACGCUUGCAGAGGAAGAGAGACAAAUCUAUCAAUCUGUGAAGAAGGAGGGCAAAGUUGCAAUUAACAGGUUUUUCAAUGAAGGGACUGUGCUAGCUCACUACGCUGAUAUCCUUGGUGUCCUGCUCAGAUUGCGGCAGCUUUGUUGUCAUCCUCAUCUUUGUACAAAUACAUCUUCUAGUUUUUCAGUUGCAGGUAGUAAUACUCCUGAAGAACUGCGUCAGAUGUUGGUGAAUAAAAUGAAGUUGGUUCUGAGCUCUGGUUCAGAUGAAGAAUGUGCAGUUUGCUUGGAAUCACUGACUCUUCCCGUGAUAACGCACUGUGCACAUGUGUUUUGUAAACCAUGUAUUUAUGAAGUCAUCAGAAGUGAACAGCCAAAUGCCAGUUGCCCUCUCUGUAGGAGCGAACUUCGAGUAGAGCAUUUGGUGGAAUGUUCCCUAGAAGAGGAAUUAAACUCCAGUAAUGGGAAGAAGGGUGGUCAGGAGUGGAUAUCCAGUUCAAAGAUAAAUGCUCUAAUGCAUGCUUUAAUAGAACUACGGAAGGAGAAUCCAACUAUUAAAUGUCUGGUUGUUUCUCAGUUCACAACCUUCCUGUCACUGAUAGAAAAUGCUUUGAAAAAAUCAGGGUUUGUCUUCACUCGUUUGGAUGGCUCCAUGGCACAGAAAAAAAGAGUGGAAGCAAUUCAGUGUUUCCAAAGCAGUCAAGCAGGAUCCCCAACCGUAAUGCUUUUGUCUCUAAAAGCAGGUGGAGUUGGAUUAAAUCUGACAGCAGCUUCCCGAGUGUUUUUAAUGGAUCCUGCUUGGAAUCCUGCUGCAGAAGACCAGUGUUUUGACAGGUGUCACAGGCUGGGUCAGAAGUACAAUGUCAUUAUUACUAAGUUCAUUGUGAAGGAUUCAGUAGAAGAAAAUAUGCUGAAAAUCCAGAAUAAGAAGAGGGAACUUGCAGCAGGAGCCUUUGCUACCAAAAAGCCAUCUGCAAGUGAAAUAAAACAAACCAAAAUUAAUGAAAUUAAGGCUCUAAUUGAUUUAUAGUCUGAAACUGUGGUAUUUUGGGCAAAGAAUAUUAUAAAUACUGUACUUAAUAUUGGUAAACCUUCAAAUUAUUUCUCAUGACAAGUUAAAAUUUUGCUAUCUGUGUGGUCAAAACAUAAAUCUUUGCAAUAAUUUAAGCCAGAAAAAUUAAUCUGCUCCUAAAUGUUGAUUUAGAAAUGCACAGAUGUAUUUUGCAGUACUGAAAUCUUUCCAAGGUGUUUAUUUUUUCCAAAUGUUGCACAUUAUGUACAAAGAUUAAGAAUUCCUAAAAAUUGCUCAAAACAGAACUGUGUAUUCUUCAUGCAUUCUAAUUUAUAAGAAUUUCAUUGCUUUUUAGAAUGAAAGGUAAACAGCAUGUGUGUUUUGUUCUUCUAAAACAUCACCCUUAAGAAAUGAAUUAGCUUCAUGUUCCAGUCUCUGUUUCCUGUUAACCAAACAGAUCUUUUAAAUUUUUUGUUUCCGAAUAGGUGGUCAGUGAUCAUUUCAUAAGGAAUUCUUCCUUUUGCAGACUAUGUUCAAUUAUAGUAUUUAUUUCAAAAUUUCUAAUUUGUGAAGCACAGGAAUCUUUUUCAUGAUUUCUGAAUAAUACACAUAUGCAGCAGGGAGUUCUUCAGUUGAUUAUUUCCCAAGAGCUAGUCAAAAAUUAACUGCUGCAUUUGUAAAAUAUUUCCUUCUAAUAUUUUUCUGAUGUAUAUAAUAAUUGUUUUUAUAAAAAUACAUGUUCUGCAAUUUGGAUAAAAUGCUAGAAUCAGAGGCUUAUAUUCAUAAUGCAGUUUAUAAUCACUUAUAUACAUGAACUCUGAACAAUGCUGUUGCGCUUUAAGUUGUGAUACGUACAAAGUAGAGUAUGACCCACUCACUCACCAGUGAAUCAGUUGGCCUUCGUAAAGUAAGUUUAAAAAGAAAAAACACAAAACCAAAACCAAACCCACCAUAUUUUAAUAGCUAACAGCAUUCUAACAGUUUUCUUGCACUGCUUAACACACUUCCAACUCAACCCCACAUAUUCUGCAGGUUGAAAGCUGCCUUAAAUGGAAUGCUGGUCUGCAUAGAUCUCGACUGAUACAGGAAAGAGUCAUUUGGUAAAUUACUCAAAUAUUUAUGUUCCACAAACUAAUAAAUAGCACUGAAGAAUACUGGA